CCAUUCAGGGCGUUCCCAGUAUAUCAGUGUUCCAUUCAUCACAUUGGUGGAGAAGAUAUGUAAUGCAGACGUCCUUGCUGACGCAUAUCAGUCAUUCUGUCCAUUCUGAGUAUGUCAGACACUUUGCCUUCAGAGUCAGUUUAACUGUAAUUUCCAUGGCAAUCAACUUUGCAGUCGACUCUCAAAAUCUCUUACAAUGUUGUUUAGAUAAAAUGGUGCAAACUCCAUCAUCCAACAAUCCAUUUUACCUGGCAGGUUGUGAGGCAACAGAACAUGAAAAAUGCCCAAGGGUGCGAUUUCUAUUGCCAGUAACUGUAAACAAACAAUACAUAAGUAAAACAAUGCAAAAAUAACAAUAAGAAACACUUUUAGUUAAAUCAAAUAUCAACUAAAUUACCAAAUAUGUAUUUAUUAAAAUGUGCCUCAGUUCAAGCUGACAUCAAAAUACUUUCUAAUGUGCAUAAUGUGUUUCAAUGUUUCCUGCAGAUUUUAAACAGAAGCUGCAUGUUGGGAAGGAGGUGAUUAAUGCCAUCAGGUUUCCAGUCUCUGCUCCUCCCAAAAAUAGUCUGGAGGAUGAACAGUCUCUGCUGCUCUUACAGUUUUAUCCAGAUAAGAUUAAUGGCAGAGAGCUUCCAGAAGAGAAUUAUGAAGAAUCCACCAGGAUACAAGAUCAUGGAGAUGCUUCAAUUUCUUUAGAGACUGGAGACACUGAGGAGGAUGACGAAGACAGUGAUGAAGAACGCCCUCUCUCUGAGCUGAAACACUUGUCAGACUCUGGAUAUAAGAAAUGUUCUACGGAGAAGAAAAAUGUGGAGUCAUGUAGGAAAGUCCAGAAAGGAAGAAAGCUAAGCUGUGAAGACUGUGGCAAAACAUUUAUUGGAAAAUCUGCUUUAAACACACACAUGAGAAUCCACACAGAUCAGAAGCCUUUCUGUUGUGAUCUAUGUGUACAAAGAUUUAACCAUAAAUCUAAUUUAAACAGACACAUGAGAAUCCAUACAGGACAAAAGCCUUUCUGUUGUGAUCUAUGUGGUCACAGAUUUAGCCAAAAAUCAACUCUGAACGAACACAUCAGAAUCCAUACAGGACAAAAGCCUUUCUGUUGUGAUCUAUGUGGAAAAAGCUUUAGCCGCAAAUCGGGUUUAAACAGACAUAUGAGAAUCCAUACAGGGAAAAAGCCUUUCUGUUGUGAUCUGUGUGGACAAAGAUUUUGCGACAAAUCAGCUUUAAACACACACAUGAUAAUCCAUACAGGACAAAAGCUAUUCUGUUGUGAUCUAUGUGAUCAAAGAUUUAGGCGAAAAUCACAUUUAAACACACACAUGAGAAUCCAUACAGGACAAAAGCCUUUCUGUUGUGAUCUAUGUGGACAAAGAUUUAUCCAAAUAUCUGGUUUAAACAAACACAUGAGAAUCCACACAAGAGAGAAGCAUUUCUGUUGCGAUCUAUGUGGACAAAUAUUUAACCAAAAAUCUAAUUUUAACACACACAUGAAAAUCCAUACAAGACAGAAGCCUUUCUGUUGUGAUCUAUGUGGACAAAGAUUUAACCAAAAAUCUAAUUUAAAGAGACACAUGAGAAUCCAUACAGGACAAAAGCCUUUCUGUUGUGAUCUAUGUGGUAAAAUAUUUAGCCAAAAAUCAACUCUGAACGAACACAUGAGAAUCCAUACAGGACAAAAGCCUUUCUGUUGUGAUCUAUGUGGACAAAGUUUUAGUCGAAAAUCACAUUUAAACGCACACAUGAGAAUCCAUACAGGAGAGAAGCCUUUCUGUUGUGAUCUAUGUGGACAAAGCUUUAAUCAAAAAUCACAUUUAAACGAACACAUGAGAAUCCAUACAGGACAAAAGCCUUUCUGUUGUGGUCUAUGUGGUCAAAGAUUUAGCCGAAAAUCACAUUUAAACACGCACAUGAGAAUCCAUACAGGAGAAAAGCCUUUCUGUUGUGAUCUAUGUGGACAAAGAUUUAUCCAAAAAUCUGCUUUAAACAAACACACGAGAAUCCACACAAGAGAGAAGCAUUUCUGUUGUGAUCUAUGUGGACAAAGAUUUAUCCACAAAUCAGCUUUAAACAAACACAUGAGA